AGUUAGAUUCAUACACCAAAACAAUGCCUUUGUGUACAAAACACACUAGAUAUGAGAAGGGAACAGACCACCAUGACUAUAGUUAGCUAGAUCAUCAUCAAGACAUGUCAAGAAGCUAUAUGGGAAUGUACUGGAUCAGAGGAGGGGCCAGUACCACACUAGCUCAGGUUAGCUUGUUGAUGUUGAUGCUACUUGCCACCCAAACUAUCUCCAAAGCAACCGCCUCUACCCAAAAAGCUUGUCGAACCUGUAGCUCAUCACUAGAUCUACCGGCCAACUGCACCAUUGAUAUUAACAACAACAUUAACACAACAGUAGUAAACUGUCACGUCAACUUCAGCAGCUGUCCAAUUAAAAAUUGUACAAAUCAAAAAUUCUGUUUGUACCAAUUUUACAUCUCAAAUAGCACAAUACGCACAAUAUUUGACCUGACAAUAUUGGAGUGGGUUUUCAAAUCCGGUUGUUUUAAAACUGAAGUUGUGCCCAAUAGAUGUACUUUUACAAACGAGGAUGCUUUGGAUUGUUUUGAUGGAGUUAGCAGUGAGAACGGCUCUAACCUUGAGGUGGUUGAAUAUCAAACGGAAUUUAACUUAUCUUUGCCAACAGAACAACCCACUACUCCAGCUACCACUGCACUCCCUGUGAUUAAUUGUACUACCUGUACCGUCACCAGCAUUGUCAUAACAAUCAUUCUAUUUAUCGUUCUCCUGCUGAUCUUAAUCUUCUGUCUGUAUAAACUGCGACGUAAGAUCCAAAUUCCGACAGCGAUUCGAUCUCAACAAACCAGUUUUAUCAACCCAGUCAACCAGCACUCGUGGCAGCUGCUAGAAAGCAUCGGACAUGGUCGCUACGGUUUCGUAUAUCGUGCCAAAUAUCGCGGGGAAAUUGUUGCCGUGAAGAUAUACACAUCGCAAGGACGGUCAGCUUUUGAGACCGAGCAAAAUCUCUACUCAAUGGAAUCUACCUUUCACUGCAAUAUACUCGAGUACAUCGGCUGUGAGAUGAGGGGAUCAGGAAUUACCACCGAGCGUGCGUUAUUGACACGCUACUAUCAACUUGGCUCGCUGGAUAAUUAUCUCCGUUCUCGUGUGUUGAGUUGGCAACAGGCGUGUGUAAUGAUCCAUACUAUGGCCGAGGGACUCACUCACUUGCACUCCGAGUACUACCGCAACUCGGCUGGGAUUAUGGCCGAGAAGUACCCCGUGGCACACAGGGAUGUGAAAUCGGCCAACGUGCUUGUGAGGAGUGACAGCGGGGACUGUGUGAUCAGUGACCUUGGCUUUGCUCUGAUUCUGGACGGAAAACAAACCACGAACACUGUACAGGCUGGGACGUAUCGCUACAUGGCCCCUGAGGCACUGGAUGCACGAGUGAACUUGCAUGACUUGCAGUCGUUUAAACAGAUUGAUGUGUACUCCCUCGCCCUGGUCAUGUGGGAGGUCAUGUCACGCACCUGCGUCCUCACGGAGGAGGAAGUCCCCGGUUAUCAACUACCGUACAAGGAGGAGGCGGGGCCUAACCCCUCCCUCGAGCGACUCAAGGACAUCGUAGUCACUCGGAAACUUCGCCCAUCUCUGCCCGCCAUUUGGGGAAACCACGAGACGCUCAACUCCCUGCAAGAGACUCUGUACGAGUGUUGGGAUGACGACGCCGAGGCCCGACUGUCAGCUGCCAAUGUUUCGUUACGUAUGAAACAACUCAUUGCGACAAACAUAAACGAUAUUGCUCGUCAAGAUAGCACCCAGACAACAGCUGUGCCAACAACCUCUAUAAUACCAGCUGAGGCUGUGGCUAUGAACAGACCAACAGAGCAUUCCCAAUCCAGCCCACCCCCAUACUACAGUCCAACUGAUCCUAUUCCAUUCCAACAACAAUCUGAUAUUUCUAGGCAAGAAAGUACUUCUGCCAUUACUACACUACAAUCUGAUACCGUGGAAACCGACGAGCAGGCAGAACAUUCUCAAUCUGGACCUCCUCCUUAUUAUGGACCAACAGCUGAAGACUAUCUUUUAUUCCAGCAAACCACAUUCCCGUUCAAUCGAGGUCCCAUUCGGGCCCAACAGAGGCACCAAGUUUCGAUGCCGCAUAUAUGCAGUGACACUGAACAUUCUCGAACCCCCCGAGGGCAUAUGGCUGCCCGCUGCACACACAGCCUGAGGAGCAGCUACCACUACGAGCAAGAAAUGAGACAGCUGAACAAUUUCAAUAAGAGUGAGUCACUCUCGUUAAGGAACAUGGCAACUGCUCAAGAAUCUGUUGGCGAGAUGGAGGAGGAGAUUAGAGAGCUGAGUAAAUCACCCUUAGGCACUACGUUGGAGGAAAGAAUAGACGACAUGAUGAGUGAGGCAGCGACUCGCGAGGAUGACAAUAUGGCAUCACCAGAUAGACAGCAGCUCGAUAUUUCCGAUUUUACCCUAAACUUGAAUUCUGAUUCCGGUAUUCUCAAUGCACAUUCUGACCUGUCCCAUUCUGAUACCACUGGCCUUGUCCCUGCGGAGUCUGAUACGGACGCUCUUACAAGUUCCGUGGAUAGCGGAGUGCUGUCAAUCGAUCAAGACAAGAUGGUGGAAGGAGCUACAAACUUUAGAUGUCUUCCUCAUACUGAGAACAAUAAAAACAGUGCGUCCACUGUCACUAGUGUGUAGUAAGAAACUAAAAUAAGUUCACCUUUUUAAAAUUUCACAUCAAUCAUUUAAUCAUCACUCAACAACUAUUUUUGUAUGGCUGUGCGUAAUGUUUGCAUAUACAUGUAUGUACAUGUUUGACAGAAUUAAUCGAACAAAAA